AUGAAACACCUGCACGGGAACCUCGGCAGCUGCGUGCGGACCUACUGCAGCAAGGGCAACCCGUUCGAGAAGGUGCGGAGGAAGCUGGGCCAGGGGGACCUGAGUUACUACGACCUGAACGAGCUGCACGACAGCAGGAUAAGGAGUCUGCCCUACUCCAUCCGAAUCUUGCUCGAAUCUGCUGUGCGCAAUUGUGACAAUUUGAAGGUUACAGAAGAGAACGUAGAAACGAUCCUAUCCUGGAGGGAUAACUGCCGGAAGAAGAAGGAGGUGCCGUUUAUGCCUGCGAGGGUACUUCUGCAAGACCUGACCGGAGUCCCCUGUAUAGUAGAUUUGGCCACGAUGAGAGACACAGCGGCAAUGCUGGGUGGAGAUGCAAAUAAAAUAAAUCCACUAAUCCCAGUCGAUUUAGUAAUUGACCAUUCCGUCCAAGUGGAUCAUAGUAGGAGUCCCGAAGCAAGGGAAUUAAAUGAAAAGAAAGAAUUUGAAAGAAAUUUGGAGCGAUUUAAAUUUCUAAAAUGGGGCAUGCACUCAUUUAAAAAUAUGCUAAUAUUACCACCCGGUUCCGGGAUAGUGCACCAAAUAAAUUUAGAAUACUUAGCGCACUGUGUUUUUAAUAACCAGGGGAUGCUAUACCCAGACAGUUUAGUCGGGACGGAUUCUCACACCACCAUGAUAAACGGGUUAGGAAUUCUAGGAUGGGGAGUAGGAGGCAUAGAAGCAGAAGCAACCAUGUUAGGCUUGCCCAUAUCAAUGACUCUGCCAGAGGUAGUAGGGAUAAACGUCGUUGGGAAGUUAUCGGACCAUUUGCUAAGCACCGACGUUGUUCUGUACAUCACAUCCUUCUUAAGAAAAGAAGUGGGUGUGGUAAAUAAGUAUGUAGAAUUCUUUGGGCCCAGUUUGAAAGAUUUAAAGCUAGGCGAUAGAGCAACCAUUGCGAAUAUGGCCCCAGAGUAUGGAGCCACCGUGGGUUUCUUUGGCGUGGAUGAUACUACCUUAGAGUAUUUGCUACAGACGGGGCGAGAUAAGGAGAAGGUAACCCUAAUCAGGGAGUACCUCAUAAAAAACGCUCUCUUCAACGACUAUAUGGACCAUAUAGAAUACACAGAUGUGUAUACGUUAGAUCUGUCCAAAUUGAGUCUGUCUGUGUCUGGGCCGAAGAGACCACACGACAAUGUGUUGCUUUCUAACCUGCACACUGAUUUUAGCGCCUGUUUGGAAUCCCCAGUGGGCUUCAAAGGGUAUGACGUGCCAGAGGAGGAGAGAGAGAAGGUAAUUCCCUUUUCCUAUAAGGAUGAGAAGAGGUACACUCUCACACAUGGCAGUGUAGUACUCGCGGCCAUCACUUCAUGCACCAACACGAGUAACUCCUCCUCGAUGAUAGCAGCUGGGUUGUUGGCGAAGAAGGCAGUAGAGCACGGAAUUGAGGCAAUCCCAUAUAUUAAAAGUUCCCUUUCCCCGGGGUCCAAAACGGUGCAGAAGUAUUUAGAAGCAGGGGGGCUUCUCCACUACUUAGAAAAACUAGGCUUCUACAACGUCGGCUUUGGGUGCAUGACGUGCAUAGGGAACAGUGGCCAUCUAGACAAGGAGGUGGAGGACGUCAUCAAUGAGAAUGACCUUAUCUGUUCCUCCGUUCUGUCCGGCAAUAGAAACUUCGAAGGGCGUAUACACCCACUGGUGAAGGCAAACUACCUGGCUUCUCCAGUCCUAGUCGUGCUGCUGAGCCUGAUAGGCAACGUCAAUGUGGAUGUUGCAUCUUACACGUUCACUGGAAAAGGGGGAAUACAAAUUAAAGCCCUUGAUUUGAUUCCCAAAAAGGAGGAAAUCAAUGCGUAUGAGGAGCAGUACCUCAAACCGCAAAUGUACACGGAUAUUUAUAAAAACGUAAAAUACGUCAACCAAUAUUGGAAUGAUAUAAAGAUAAAGAAAGAGAAGCUCUACGAAUGGGACGCCAACUCGACGUACAUUCAUAAGCCCCCUUUUUUUGAACACAUGAAAGUAGAGGCAGAAAAAAUCCACGACAUUAAGAAUGCCCAUAUGCUGCUACUCCUGGGGGACAGCAUCACCACUGAUCAUAUCUCCCCUGCGGGGAUGAUUCACAAAAGUUCGGAGGCGUACAAAUUUUUGAAAUCCAAAAAUGUAAAAGAUGAAGAUUUGAAUACCUAUGGGGCUAGGAGGGGCAAUGACCAAGUCAUGGUACGAGGGACCUUUGCCAACAUCAGGCUCAUAAACAAAUUGUGCCCCGAUAAGGGACCCAACACUGUGCAUAUUCCUUCGAAGCGGUUAAUGUCCGUUUACGAAGCCGCCAUGCAAUAUAAACAAGACAACGUGGACGUCAUCGUCGUUGCUGGGAAGGAAUACGGGUGUGGUAGCUCCAGAGAUUGGGCAGCUAAAGGGUCCUACCUCCUGGGAGUGAAAGCCAUCCUCGCCGAGUCCUUUGAGCGUAUCCACAGAAGCAACCUCGUCGGCAUGAGCGUCCUUCCUCUGCAGUUUUUGAACAACGAAAGUGCUGCUUACUACAAUAUGGACGGCACGGAGACCUUCUCCAUUGCGCUGAAUCAGGGCGAGCUCCGGCCCCAGCAGCACAUACAGGUCCAGAUGACCCAGCGGGGCAAGACCACCUCCUUCGACGUCCUCUGCAGAAUCGACACAGAGAUAGAAGUCAAGUACUUUAAGAAUGGCGGCAUAUUGAAGUACGUUUUGCGCUCCCUCGUGAAGGGGUAG